CUGGAGGGAGGGGAGACAGUGAGUGAAGCUGAGCUUCUUGUUUCUCCUUCACUUCUUAAAUGAAACUUAGGAGUUUAACUUACAGUAACAGCCUAAAGAACAGCAGAGUUCACUUUGCACUGGAAUAAGAGGAAGACUUAACAAGAUUUCUGUCAUCAUAGCUGGAACUAUUGUAGAGGACUUUGAGCAGAAACUGAAGACAUUUAAAGAGUUUUUGUGAAAGUCAAAGGAGAUUAAGACUGAUGGAUGUACUUCCAGCUCUGUUGCUUUGCGUUCUUCUCUGUAUUGCGGUUCAAGCGAGCGGUGAGCACCACUCUUUAACUAUCGCUGUGCCCCAUCGGAUAUAUGAGUGUCCCGAGGGUGCCAAUGUCACUUUGACAUGUAUCCAGUCUGGAUCAAAGGCUCACCAGGAGGACAAGUUUCACCGUACCUGGCUCUUCACGUCUCACACACAGGAGCGCUGUCACAAGGGCAUACAUCCACGUGGGGUCAGGUAUACCAAUCGCUCAUUGGGUGUAGAAUACAGCGUCAGCGAGCAGCUCUACUCUGUCACCCUGCAGAACCUCAAGCACCUGGACCAGGGGAGAUACUGCUGCUUGUUUCUGGACAUCCAGAACAAGCACAAGGUUGAACAGGAGGCCCAUAACUAUAUCUACCUGACUGUGAUGCCAGUAACGAGAACUCAAAAUGACAGUCUGAAGUGUUCUGAGAUGACCCACAAUUCUUCAGAUGACUCUGUGGCUGAAGGUUUGGCUAUUGCAGCCUGUGUCGCUUUCAUUCUGUGUCUCCCUCUCAUACUGAUGCUGGUUUACAGACAGAGACAAACAGCAGCUCGAAGCAGAUGUGCACACGAGCUAGUGCGUAUGGACAGUGAAGCUCUGGGGCAUGAGAACCCUGUAUUUCUAGGGGAUUCUCUACAGCCUAGAACUCGGACUGUAUCCCAAAUUAUGCGGCAGUCAUCAGAAACAGGACGGCACCUCCUGUCGGAGCCCGGAACGCCUUUCUCUCCUAACAUACAAGGGGACGCCUUCUUCCCUGCACAGGGUAAGACACGAAAAACACUCACAUGAAACUGUAAUCCAACUUCAGCUAAAGCCUGUCACUACCAAGUAGACAACAAGAAACGUCUGGAGCAGCACGCAUGUUUUCACAUCUCUAGCACAAAAGCACAUACACCACAAGAACAGACACUCUCUACAUUUUUUCUUACAUUUCUCUGCCUCUAUGAGUAAUCACAAGUUGUACCCACACGGUUUCUACGUCUUUCGCACAGUCAUGUACAUACGUGUGCAUGCACAUCUGCGCAAUCAGACAAAACAAGCAGAGCUGUCGUAGUCUCAUGUGUGUAGGCAAACAUUCUGUGUCCAUCUCUCUCUACACACACACUGCUCCUCUUGUUUAACCUUUAACUCGGCAGAAUGUACAGAAUGUCAAUUUCCCCUUUUCUCCCUCAUUUCACAACACUCAUUUCUGCUUCUCUUAUGGCAGGUUGUAUUAUGAGAAAUAGAGAGAGAUUGUGUGUGAGUGUGUGCACAUGCGUGCUGACCUUCACAUUUGUUUCUUCAUAAUACAUGACCAGCUAGUACGUACACACAGUUCUGUAUUCCCAAAGUGACCCAUCAGGCAAUUAUAGACACAAUAAAGUCCUUUAAGGGGUCAUAUUAUGAAAAACAGGGUUUCCUUGCUCUUUUGAAGGCAUACUUCAAAGCAGUAAAAGCAGUAAAAGUUACAUUUGAUAUAAAUACGAUAACUUUGAUAUAAUAUCAGUUGAUUUGAAAUUAACUGGUCCAGCAUCUGGUCACACAGUAUUUUCACAAAGUUUAACUGCAUAAGUUGUAUUUAAAUGCACAAAUAUUUUUACGUUUAGCAGGCUAGCAGCAAAGUAAAUAUACAGCGCAAAUUAUGGCGACUUUAGCUCUGCUGGCGCAUCAGCAUUUCACUGAAGAUGCUACAAAUGUCCCACCCCUUACUGAAACUGAAAAUAUGAUUUGUUAGCAAAUAUCCAAUCGUGUCUGAAACAAAUGUUCUGAUUGAUCACUCAGCUGAGUUUGACUGUCUAUCUUGCCCAUGCCUUCAGUUGCGCUCUGCCUCCUAUUGCUCCGUCCGCGUUUAGAGAGGAUCUCGGUACACACAUAUAAAAGGUGUUAAAUACGGCCUUCAUAAUCAGAAUUUUCUGUGUAAACGGUGUUAAAUACGGCCAUCAUAAUCAGAAUUUUCUGUAUAAAAGGUGUUAAAUACAGCCAUCAUAAUCAGAAUUUUCUGUGUAAACGGUGUUAAAUACGGCCAUCAUAAUCAGAAUUUUCUGUAUAAAAGGUGUUAAAUACGGCCGUCAUAAUCAGAAUUUUCUGUAUAAAAGGUGUUAAAUACGGCCAUCAUAAUCAGAAUUUUCUGUAUAAAAGGUGUUAAAUACAGCCAUCAUAAUCAGAAUUUUCUGUAUAAAAGGUGUUAAAUACGGCCGUCAUAAUCAGAAUUUUCUGUAUAAAAGGUGUUAAAUACAGCCAUCAUAAUCAGAAUUUUCUGUGUAAACGGUGUUAAAUACAGCCAUCAUAAUCAGAAUUUUCUGUAUAAAAGGUGUUAAAUACAGCCAUCAUAAUCAGAAUUUUCUGUAUAAAAGGUGUUAAAUACAGCCAUCAUAAUCAGAAUUUUCUGUGUAAAAGGUGUUAAAUACGGCCGUCAUAAUCAGAAUUUUCUGUAUAAAAGGUGUUAAAUACAGCCAUCAUAAUCAGAAUUUUCUGUGUAAAAGGUGUUAAAUACGGCCGUCAUAAUCAGAAUUUUCUGUAUAAAAGAUGUUAAAUACAGCCGUCAUAAUCAGAAUUUUCUGUGUAAAAGGUGUUAAAUACGCCCGUCAUAAUCAGAAUUUUCUGUAUAAAAGGUGUUAAAAUACAGCCAUCAUAAUCAGAAUUUUCUGUGUAAACGGUGUUAAAUACGGCCAUCAUAAUCAGAAUUUUCUGUAUAAAAGGUUUUAAAUACGGCCGUCAUAAUCAGAAUUUUCUGUAUAAAUGGUGUUAAUACGGCCAUCAUAAUCAGAAUUUUCUGUAUAAAAGGUGUUAAAUACAGCCAUCAUAAUCAGAAUUUUCUGUAUAAAAGGUGUUAAAUACAGCCAUCAUAAUCAGAAUUUUCUGUGUAAACGGUGUUAAAUACGGCCAUCAUAAUCAGAAUUUUCUGUAUAAAAGGUUUUAAAUACGGCCGUCAUAAUCAGAAUUUUCUGUAUAAAAGGUGUUAAAUACAGCCAUCAUAAUCAGAAUUUUCUGUAUAAAAGGUGUUAAAUACAGCCAUCAUAAUCAGAAUUUUCUGUAUAAACGGUGUUAAAAUACGGCCGUCAUAAUCAGAAUUUUCUGUAUAAAAGGUGUUAAAAUACGGCCGUCAUAAUCAGAAUUUUCUGUAUAAAAGGUGUUAAAUACGGCCAUCAUAAUCAGAAUUUUCUGUAUAAAAGGUGUUAAAUACGGCCGUCAUAUUCAGAAUUUUCUGUAUAAAUGGUGUUAAAUACGGCCAUCAUAAUCAGAAUUUUUUGUAUAAAUGGUGUAAAUUAUGGCCCACAUAAUUCAAAAUUUCUGUAUAAAAGGAGCUGAAAUUGGCCCUUAUUUUCAGAAUUUUCUGUAUUAAAGGUGUUGUUUAUGGAAUUCGUAAUCAGAAUUCUACUUUCUUUCCCAGAACCUAUCCCUGAGUCUCCCAACUUACUGCAGGAGUAAGAGCAUUCACAUUUACUCCCAGGAACAACUGGUGCUUCUACCUUCUCCUCUACAUAAUCAUGCCUCUAUUCUUCCUGUCUUCUGCACAGAUGAGGAGAGACCCCCCAAAAAUUAGAAUUCCACUCAUCUCUCCACUAUCGCAGUUGGGCACCUUUUCUGGUGAUGUCUUUGCCUGUAUGCUUCAGAAAGGUUUUCUGCCAAGUGAUGGGACAGAACAUCUGAAUAUUCCAGAACUUUGGGCAACAGGGAAACUAUAAUCACCACAGAUAUCAAAGGGUAUUCUGAUAAAGGGGAUCCAAAUAGGACAAGCUAUAUGGCAUGUCCUUUUUUUUAGAGUUGAUUGAGCUAAGCUGUUUGCACACUUCAGCUGUAUACUUCUAUUCAUCAUGUGCUUCAUGAGUCAGAUAGACUGUGGCUUCAAUUGCACUGACUGUAAAUGAUCAUUUUUCCUCUUUUUCCUUCUGAUUAGUCUAUUCCUAUCCUCCCCCUCCACUGAAACAUUCUGUUCAUCCUCCCUUUUAGAGGUUAGAGAUUUAUUAUUAACACAUUCUCUCCUGCUCUCCCCAUCUCAAGAUUGAGUGCCUCAAUACUCAGUGUCAAUAUUCAGUAUCCCAGUACUCAGUGCUUCAGUAGUAAAUGUCUUAUUCCUCAGUGUCUUAAAACUCAGUGAUGUAGUAAUCUGGACUCAGUACUCAGGGGUGAAUUCACUAAAAACCUUUGUGCGUAGUAUUUCAGUGCAAAAAAUCUGCACUUCUUCACUAACCAACCGAAAUCUAGUUUAAGCAUGUGCAAUCAGCGCUAAAAUAGCACUGGAUCUUGAAUAUUUAAAUUCAGUUUUUGUCAUUCCUGUCCUGUCUUUAAAAAGAUAGUGGUGUACAUUUUCCAUUGAUCAUAGCAGCAGUAAUUCAUCAAAUAAGGAUCAAAUGAUAGAGGAGAGCAUUAUAACUUGGCAUAUAUCCAGAUGCGCGGUGUAGUCAAGUGCACUUUCGGCAUGUUAAAGAAAUGAUUCAGAUGUCUGGAUCACAGUAGUGGAGAGACACAGUACAUGAACCAGAUUGCGGCGGUCUGAUGUAUCCUCCGCUAUAUAGGGCUCAGAACCGGCCUACAAUAUUGGAAUUCCAUCAAUGCAAUUUACGUUCAGCAUUUUUUUGGGUGCGUUUGCACCAUUGCCUGAUCUGCACAAUUCCUUUAGUGAAUCUGGCACUUAACCAGUGUGUGCAAUUUACCGGACGCAGUUCAUUCUUAUGGAAUUCACCCCUUAGUGUGUCAGUUCCUUAGUACUCAGUGCUUCAGUACUCAAUACUCAUUGUCUAAGUAUCUAAGUACUCAGCAUCUCAGCAUGUCAGUACUGAAUAUCUCUGUACUUAGUAUUUCAGUACUCAAAGCCCAAGUACUCAGUACACAUUGCUCUCACUGUCAGACCUGCUGAGAAACAAGGGGCUAUUUUAAACUUUAUCGUAGUGAGUGUUAAACUUGUGCAGUGCUUUUAUCAUGCAUGUAGCUUGGAUUAUACAUGUUCUCAGAAUUUGUGCAGUGUCGUGGUAAAUGUUCCAUUUGUGACAAUCAAACGACAAUCUCUUUCAUGGCUUUAAGGGUCAGAUUGAGGGCUUGUAAAUGGAGAUUUGAUCAGAUCCAAAUAUUAUGUAUUCAUUUGCCUUAUAUUUGGUAUGUGUGUGUGUGCGUGUGUGUGUGGGGUGGGGGUUGGGGGGGGGGGGUUGUACAAGAGUAUUUUAAUUUUAAGAUGGACCUCAAUCAAAAUUAAAAAAGCAAAGAGCUGGUAAUUUUAUUUUUGUUUUUAUUUUUUUUCAAGAAGUUUAAAGCCACUGCCAUAAAAAGUACCAAAACUUUGCUAUGUAGAUGGAUGUAGCGAAGGGUGUAUAGAUGUAUGUAUAGAUGGUUUAUAGGUGAAUGUUUGUGAAUCUGGUUUUGUAAAUAUGCUAAUAAAUAUGCCACUUUUUGUACAUUUUAAGUUUCAUGUGUGAGAUUGUAGAUUUCUGUGUGCCUAUACAGUGGCAGUACCAUAUAUGUAGCUCCAGACAUGAUACUGUGCAAUGUGAAACAACUGCUGAUACAAUUGAAAAUUUGCUUUAAAAAAAUUUAUAAUAAAUAAAAAGUUGAAAAGUUGAAAGUUGAUGAAAGAUGUUAGUCUUUGUGCUGUGUUUAUGCAAUGAACAACCUCUUUAAUCAUACUGAACCAAGAGGUGUGAGAUCCACCACAGGAACAAUCUGAGACAGGAGAGAGAUAUCCAAUGAGGGAGAGGGCCAUUUUGGGGAACAUGUUACUCAACCUCUACUGAACUCCCCCACCUCUAAAAAAAUGUAAACUAAGACUGAUGUCUGAUACUGGCCUCUUCUGUGGUUCAGAUAAGUGAUAAGUGUGUCAUGUCUUCAUAUAUUCGAAAUCAUUUGUUCUUCAAGUCUUUUCCUGAAAAUCACUUUUUGCUCACUCAGCAGUUUGUGACAAAGUUCUAGACAGUCGACCCAGACACUAGAGGCCCAAAAGUCACACAUGAUGAAACCCAGACCGCUGUGAGGUUUACAACUGUUCUGAAAGAGCUUUUCAGAGUGCAACUUCCUGUUUAAAAAAAUUAGGCAGGUUGUGGUUUCCUGUUUUUGAUGUUCAGUUGUUCACACUGUCUUUUAAAAGAGUAAAUGGAGCAUUUUCUUUGUUGUGUAAAAAAAAAAUAAAUCUGUUUGCAAGAA